AUGCGUCAUCUCCGUCGGCCAUCGCAAUUCAUUGGUCUCGAUCGAGUAGCGAGGCCGUCGCCUCCGACUCCUCUGCAGUUUUACAACUUCCCCAUCGUCGUGGCCCCAGUUGACAGCGCGCACGGCAAUCGAGUGUUCGACGAUGAUCCCAGGAGAUAUCUGGGACACUCUGGCGGUGUCUCGUCGGAGUGGCGGAGGAUCCUUGUGACUGAUACGAUAUCGACCAUCGUACAAUUUAGAGCUAUCGAUUACGGAAUGGAAACCUGCGAGCUGCAUGUCGAUCUCCCCUCUCAGCAAACCAACUCGACCUCAUAUCCCGGACACUCUAUAUCUAUAUCUCUAUAUCGGAUCGACGCGUCGUUCCCUGUGGACACGAAGACACUCUCCUACGACACUCGGCCCGCACGGUUGUUCAAGAUCGACGACAUCACUAUGGUGGUUGGGAACGUCUAUCAUUGGCACCACAAGUUCUUGUGUGCUUCCGAGGAGGUGCUGAGCUUUGAACUAAUACGCGCGUCAUUCGAUAGCGACUAUGACUGUCAUGUAGAGUGGUGGCAGGACCGAGAUGGGACGGGUGACGGACCCGGUAUGCCGCUAUGUUCAAAACCCAAAAUAUUUUGA